CCCGGAAGUGGGCUCUAGAUCGGGCAGUAAAAGUGGCAGGCAGGUAGCAGCUGAACUAUUUUUCUGCGUUUCCUCUCGAUCCCUCCCGAGUCUUCCAGGUCCGCGCCGAAAGGAAAAUUCUCAGCUGUCAUGGGGGGCGGAGAUCUGAAUCUGAAGAAGAGCUGGCACCCACAGACCCUCCGCAAUGUGGAGAAGGUGUGGAAGGCUGAGCAGAAGCAUGAGGCUGAGCGGAAGAAGAUCGAGGAGCUGCAGCGGGAGCUGCGGGAGGAGAGGGCCCGGGAAGAGAUGCAGCGCUACGCCGAGGAUGUUGGGGCUGUCAAGAAAAAAGAAGAAAAAUUGGACUGGAUGUAUCAGGGUCCUGGUGGGAUGGUGAACCGCGAUGAGUACUUGCUGGGGCGCCCCAUUGACAAGUACGUUUUUGAGAAGAUGGAGGAGAAGGAGGCAGGCUGUUCUUCAGAGACAGGACUACUCCCAGGCUCUAUUUUUGCCCCUUCCGGUGCCAAUUCCCUUCUUGAUAUGGCCAGCAAAAUCCGGGAGGACCCACUCUUCAUCAUCAGGAAGAAGGAGGAGGAGAAAAAAAGAGAGGUGUUGAAUAAUCCUGUGAAAAUGAAGAAAAUCAAAGAAUUGUUGCAAAGGAGUCUGGAAAAAAAGGAGAAGAAGAAGAAGAAGGAGAAGAAGAAGAAGCACAAGAAACACAAGCACAGAAGCUCAAGUAGUGAUGGUUGCAGUAGCGAGGAGGAGCGCGGCCGGGGGAGAUCUCAAAAGAAGAUGGCAGAUUCUUCCCCUGUGCUGUCCAGAGCCCCGGGAUAUGGCUUACAGAUCAGGGACUCCUACCAUAGCCAGGGAGUACAGAGUUCUCUGAUGGCCAAGCAAAAGGGAAUGCACGGGUUGAAGAAUUAUUCCAGGUCCAGAAGCUCCUCCCACUCACCUCCCAGACAUGCCAACAAGAAGAGCACCCGAGAAGCGGGGUCCCGGGACAGGAGUUCUCGAUCCCCAGGCGGAAGGUCACGGUCCCCGAGGCCAAGCAAACCGCACAACUCAAAGGUCAACAGGAGAGAGAGAGGCCGAACUAAAAGCCCAUCACCUAAAAAGGAGAUCUACCAAAGGCGGCAUGCUCCUGGUUACACCAGAAAGCUCUCAUCAGAGGAACUAGAGCGAAAACGUCAAGAAAUGAUGGAAAAUGCCAAGUGGCGGGAGGAAGAGAGGCUGAACAUCCUCAAGAGGCACGCUAAGGAUGACGAACGGGAACAGAGGCUGGAGAAGCUGGGUGCCCGGGAUGGGAAGUUUAUCCACCGCAUGAAGCUGGAGAGCGCAUCUACCUCCUCCCUGGAGGAUAGGGUGAAACGGAACAUCUACUCUCUACAGAGAACCUCAGUAGCUCUGGAGAAGAACUUUAUGAAAAGAUGAAAGCCAUCCCCUCUCUUGCUGGUUUUCCUGAAUUUUCCAGGGAGGCUGCUGAUCCCUUAAACAUUCUCUUUAUAAGAGUUCAAGUGACUUCUUGUACAGUUGUCAGAGCACUGCUGUUCAGAGUGACUCUCCUCCAGUGAUUCCCGAGACAGCUUACUUCCUUGGGGAACCAGUGUGGCGUACUUUAUGGGGCCCUCAGUAACUUUUGCUGAGUGUCUUGUAGGUUUUAGUGAGUGGGCACUGGACACUCUAGGUGUGAGCACUCAUCCUGCUCUGGAAGGCCGUUUCCUGC